CUUGCAGCUUUCUCAAUCGCUAUAACAUUGAUUCCCUUCAUUUUUCCUCCCACCAAAGUCGCUGAUGUCGAGGCGACCCUGAACGCGGCCAACCUCCUGCGCUACAGUCGCCUCCUUGAACAGUUGCGCGCCGAUCCUGAAACGUUGCGUGGCCUGCGUCAUGAGGUACAUCAACUGUUGGCUGAACAGCUCGCCGAGCAUGGAAUCACGCCCAGUCAUUCUCGACUGCCUACAGCUAGGGUCAACGAGAUCACCACUCGUCUGUACCGGAAUCGUGAGCAGUUGGCGCGAAAACAUCCCAACUUCAUGGAACUACGAGAGGUAGGUGACGCCCGACAUGGCGCCCUCGGUAGCCGGUUACCACCGAGGCUAUAUCAUGUCAAAGGACACAAUUUUGAUGUAACACAAACUAAAGAGGGCCUACUUCAAUUACAUUGUGCCUAG